GGUAGAAAAUUGUAUUUCGUUGGUAAUGGUUGAUUAAUUUCGACAUCGCCUUUCGCUUAGUCAACACGAUUUAUCUAUCAAAAGAUAACAACUGGGAUUGGGUCAUGGCGUCAAGUGAUGAAAACGUGUCGGAUUCAGAUGAAGACAUGAUCUCGUGUCACAUUUGUUUGCUGAGAUUCAAUACAGAGAAUAGGAAGCCAAAAUUUCUUGACUGUCAUCAUUACUUCUGUCUCAGUUGCAUCAAGAGCUUCUCAAAACCAAAAUGUGCAACUUGCCCUACUUGCCGAACAUCUACAGACUUGACAGCACGCAAGAUUGAACGAUUAACUACGAAUAACAUCGCAUUACGUUUAGUCGCGAUAUCAGAAGAUCGAGCCCGUGAACGCCAAGAACAUGAAACGGUCGAAAAAGAAAUAAUGGAUCAGCAACUGUGGUGCUCUGAAUGCAACAUGUCUGCAACCAACGAAUGCCAUAAAAAGGAACAUGCAAUUCUGAGUUACUUUGAUAUCUACAACUCCCAUUCUUCGCUUCUGAAAUCUGUCAUCAGUGAAACCAAUGCAGUCUGUGAUCGAGCCCUUGAGCAUCACCAGAAGAUCUAUUCCACUCACCUAGAGAUGUUUGCUAAAGUCAGAUGGCUUGAAUCUCAAAUUAUUGUGAGGGUUGAAUCUAGCAAAGCUUCAAUUUCUCAUUUGGAAUCUCUUAAAGCAAAAGAUAAUUUUAAGGAAGUCCCUGAAGAAGAAGACAUGGUCAACACUGUUAAUCAAAUGAAUCAGCUUAUAGUUCAAAUCACUGAAAGAUCUGAUUUGGCCAAAGCCGCUGAAUUAGAAGCAUGUGAACUUCUCAAAACGUACGGCUCUAACAGCUCCACUUUCCUUAUUUCAUUGCUGGAAACUGAACAAUGUCUCCCCGAAGGAUUCGGUUUGGGAUCAAAUACCAACAACAAUGGUGUGGACAAAUGUGAGGAGUUGGACUAUCCCAAGACGAAAUUCGGCCCGAGCAAGGAUGAGAAUAAUAUGGUAGAGGAUGAAGUUGUGAAAUCACAAGACUACAUAAAACAUGCAUCUUGUUCGAGAAUGGAGCCCGGACCUAACAUUGAACUUCCAUCUAAAAACCAUGUUGGAAUGACAUCCUUGAAUCCGACAACCAUGAUGCCGCCUUAUCUGAUGCCACCUCCGCACAUGUUGCCACCGCCAACAAUAAUGCGUCCUCUAUGCACGAUCCCUCCUCCGCAUAUGAUGAAACAUCCACCUCCACUAUAUGUUGGCCGCUAUGGACUACCCCCUACGUUCCAAGGUAACGGAUUUGUUGGUAUGCCCAUGUUGCAUUCCAGGAAUAAUUACCAUCAAUAAAAGAUCUGUCUGCUAACUCUUAUCAAUAAUAAGCUUAACAAGUUGGGUUAUUGUAAGAAGUCUUUGAUGUUAAGAAUUAAAAUUUUCGUGUAGUGGCAGUUUUUCGAAAAUACAUGUAUUAGUUGUCUUUUCUCCUUUAA